CUUGGGGGGGCUUGACCCUAGUAGGAGGGCUCUUUGCGGGUGGGGGGGCAUUAAUCCUAGCAGGGGAACUCCUGGGGGGGGCAUUGAUCCUGGCAGAAGGGUUCUUUGGGUGACGUUGAUUAGGGCGGCUCCUUUGAGUGGGGGGCGUUGAUCCCGGUUGGGGGCUUUUUGUGGUGGCAUUGAUCCCAGCUUGUGGGGUGAGGGGGGAAGCCAUUGAUCCUGGUGGGCGGUCCCAAGUCAUUAGGAGCCCAGGUCUUUAACAGGGCCAGAUCGUCCCCAUCUAGCUGUUGCUCCCGAGAAUGUGGCGCAGUUGUCAGUGGCUGUUCUACGCGAGGCCGCCCCAGACCCCAUGGCUGUGUCUGACUCCUCCUGUUGGGGGCCCCAGCCUUUCACUGCUGGGCACGGCACGGACAUACACCCCGCCGACAGAAAGGAAGAGGUUUUACCAGAACGUUAGCAUCUCCCAAGGCGAAGGUGGCUUUGAAAUAAACCUUGACAACAGGAAGCUGAAAACGCCCCAGGCCAAACUCUUCACUGUCCCCAGCGAGGCCCUGGCUAUUGCUGUUGCUACGGAAUGGGAUUCCCAGCAGGACACCAUCAAGUCCUACACCAUGCAUCUGACCACAUUGUGCAACACAGUUUUGGACAACCCAUCUCAGCGAAACAAAGAUCAGCUAAUCAGAGCAGCUGUGAAGUUCCUGGAGACAGAUACUGUCUGCUACAGGGUGGAGGAACCAGCCGGCCUAGUAGAACUUCAGAAGAAUGAAUGGGAUCCCAUGAUCGAGUGGGCUGAGAAAAGGUACAACGUGGAGAUCGGCUCCUCUACUAGCAUCAUGGGACCCAACAUCCCAGCCAGGACCAAAGACACUUUCACCAGCCAUUUGGCAUCUUACAACAUGUGGGCACUGCAAGGUAUAGAAUAUGUGAUCACACAGUUGAAAUCUCUGAUUCUGUCCAUGGGACUGAUUGACAGACACAUUCCAGUAGAAAAAGCCGUGCAGCUGUCUCGCCUGGAGGAAGAAUACCAGAUCCAGCGGUGGGGCAAUGUGGAGUGGGCCCACGACUAUGACCUGUACGAGCUGCGUGCCCGCACAGCCGCUGGGACCCUCUUUGCUCACCUUUGUUCAGAGAGCUCGACUGUAAAACACAAGCUGCUGCAGGACUGAGGCUCUGGGGAGCGACGCAUCAGGCAGAGCUGGAGAAUGCCCAGUACAGAUUACAAAUGCAGCCUGGUGGAUUGGGCCUUUGGCCAGCAAUCCCGCCUGCCAGUGUGGUGACUUAGCAUUGCAAGGGCCAUGACUUUAUCAUGAUUCCUAGCGGAGGCGUUUCUUCCUAGCUUGGCUAGUGCUGAGGGUGCCGGUGACUCUUAGCAGCCCUGGCUUUUGUUACGAAGGUAGUACAGUCUGAGCUCCCUUCAGCCCCAAUGAAAUGCCCUGUCCCUGGCAGUUGCCACAGGCUGCAGCUCAGCCAGUGUUUAUGCUCACUCAGAAGGGUAGCUAAUCUACAUUCUACCCUUCAAGGCUCCCAGCCGUGGGACCAGCACGCCAGCAAAAGGGCUUCGGUAAGGCUAGGCACAUGCUCCAGCAUAGGUCCCACCUUGGCAUCUGCCUGCCCAUGGCCCAUGUUUGUUGCUAAAAUCCAAUAUCAUAUCCUUGGAGACAAGCCCCAGAUGUACCUGUUCCUCACCCAAUAAUGUGCUUCUGCCCCUAUGCAAAGCUGGGCUCAAUCCCAGUUUGAUUAAAGGCGUCUCCUGCUAGAUACUGGAA